CUGAACAUACCACUCCUUUCAUGAGGCGAGAGGAAGAACCUCGGGGGCCUUUUUAUUGGGCUGGUUUAUCGCUGGUCACACACAAACCCUCACCAUGAACAGGGUCGCAGCUGCCCUCCUUGUAUGGAUUCUGACUUCUCCAGGCAGCAGUAGCCAUGGCAGAGAAAAAAGUUGGCCCGCGCACACGGCUUGCAGCAGUGGGGGCUUGGAAGUAAUCUACCAGAGUUGUGAUCCCUUACAGGAUUUUGGCCUUUCCAUUGACCAGUGUUCCAAACAGAUCCACCCAAAUCUUAACAUUAGAUUUGGCAUCAUUCUGAGACAUGACAUCAGAAAGCUGUUUCUGGACAUAGCUCUUGUGGCAAAAGGCUCUUCUAUUCUGAACUACUCCUAUCCCCUUUGUGAGGAGGACCAGCCCAAGUUCUCUUUCUGUGGAAGAAGGAAAGGAGAACAGAUAUACUAUGCCGGCCCUGUCAAUAACCUUGGACUUGAUGUUCCACAGGAAUCCUUCUCACAAUUGGAAUCUCUCCCCAUCCUUCUCCAGAAUUCUCCAGUGAUCUUUUUUCUUGCCUUUCUGUGAAAGGCACAACUUCUUCCAGGAAGAGAAACUCAAGUCUCUCCUCACUCCAAGCACGCAGAGCCUGAACUCUCCCAGGGAGCUUUUCUUCACAUUGUUGCUACUUGAACGUUUUUCCUUUCCUCAUUUUUCUCCUGAUACCCCACUAGAGACUGAUGUAAUAGUUGCUAACAAUUGGAUUUCAUUUUGCCUUGCUGGCUUUUUUAAAUCAGUUACCCUUCACAAUCCCUAUGCAAUGAAGGCACCGUCAGGGAAGGGGGCUCUUAAAGUCAUAGAAUCUCUUUGAAAACAAAUGUACCCUCAGAGAUAUAAAGGGCUUUAUAGAUGUUACUCACCUUAACACAGGAUUACAACCCCUAAACUUGCAUGACUUGAAAACAGCUUAAGUUGAAAAUGCAUUAACUCCAUCUAGCCUGCAGAACCUCAUAUAGCUUAAUGUCAGGAUAUCCAGAAGACCACUGGUCAUUUGAUCAUGUCUUCUCGUGACAGGGCACUGUGACUCACGGUCACUGCUCAGUGAGGAAGAAGGUUUGAACUGUGUACCACAGGCCUAAAAAAAAAAAAAAAACUGAGAAUUAAAAAUGCGAAGUAUAGAUGCUACUCAGCCUAUCUCAUCUGUCGCCACUGUAAAUAGAACCAUCGUAAUCGGGCACCAUAUUGUAGUCAACAACAUGUAGUCAAUAAAUCUACAGUGCUUACAGGA